CGAGAUUCGUGGCCUUGAAGAAUUGGGAUCCCUUCGCUCCCUAGUAGUCGUCGAUUGCCCUUCCCUGGAGAGGAUGUCAGACCUCUCAAAAUUGAAAAAGCUAUGGAAGCUCGAGGUAAUAAAUUGUGGUAAUCUAAAAAGAGUGCAAGGUCUAAACCACUUGGGGCCUUUAAAGACGCGGACAAUCGAAGCUGAAGUAAUGGAGUCUUUACAUAUUCCCAAGGGUGUGGGACGGGUGUUGUUCAGAAUCCUACAUACUGCCAGAUGGCUUAUGUACAAAAAAGAGUUCGACACGAGCCAUGUGGAAUUCGUGAGAGAUGGAGCAAAAUGGUUGGUAGAGAACAUAGAAAUUAAACUUGGUUUGGCUUGGUCUUACUAGUCAUUUCCUGAUUCACAUUACCCUUUUACUAUAAUAUACCCGAAGAUAGUGUUGCUCAAAGUCUUAUCCAGGCUACUUUUUCUGCAGCUUCAACAAGUAGCUUCUUUACAUGUCCACUGUUGAAAUAUUGCGCCAACCUAAUUUUCUCUCUUCUUUUAUACUUCACUAACUGCAUCUUCUUGUUUUGUUCGGAAACCUUCAUACAAUCACCGGAGCACUUGGCACCCGCUGGUUAUGUCAAGAUACUCCCAUGACUAUGAUUCUGUGUUAAUAGAGAAAAUAUUUAAACACGAUGACUUUUUGUUUAUAUCUUCUUGAUGGUCCUAAUUUUGUACAUCUUACUAUAUUAUCCUGUCAAAAAUUUUUAUAACCAUUCCAAAAUAGGCGUGGCCGACAAUACUCUUUGUAUAACAUAGGAGCAAUGCAUAUUUUCAUAGAUUCCCUGUUUUUAGUUUCAUAUGUUUGAUAUUAUUUCUCAAUGCAAAAUCUCAUUUCACUCACUAUUGUGUCACAAAGUAAAUGUCAUUUCAAUUAAGCAAUGCGUGAAUUGCCUUUCGUUUCUGCAGGACCUUGCUAACUGUCUAAAAGGCUGCAGGUAUCUCCCAAAAGUAAACAUUGAUCUCGUGGAUUACAGAAACUCAACCUACAAGGAAAGAUUUGCUAACUUGCGGAACCCUGUCCUUAUUAUGGUUAGUUUUGUAUAUGUUGUUGAUUUUGGAUCCU